CACCCAGAGGAAGGAGAAUUUGGACAAUGAUGAAAGAGCCCACCAGAUGGUAGCUAGCUAUACAGUUCUCUUUGAGUCUGUCUCAAGCUAUGACAGAGUGGAGACAGAUCCUUACUUCAAGAUCAUCGCUAGUUUGCUGGCCGAGGACCUUUGUGAAGUAGGGUGGAUCGUGGAGAGAGCAACACGUGCUGCUGGUGUGGCAGUCUCUACCAUCCCAGAGAGCAUCGUUUGAGUGUGUUGGUGUAUCAUCCUCGGACCACACGCAAACCAGACUCACAGAAGUAGUCUUCUCCGACAAACGGUUGAAUGCUAACGGUACCAGUC